CCUUAAUCAUGUAUUAACAUCGUCAGCUAAACGGUCAACAUCAGACCUGCUCCAUACUAUGGACCCAGUAGUAAUCUGAGCCGAGCCUUCUCUGUCGAGGGACGAAAGAAGAUGGCUCUCACUUUCUCCCGUUCACUCAGCCACUCGCCAUCACUGCCGCAGUUACAGAGCUCGGCAUCAUCGAUUCCGCUUCGCAGACCGCUCAAAACGCGGACCAGUGCCGCCUCCACAAGACUCUUCGCCGUCCGAUGUUGCUCUAUUUCAGGUCCCGGCAAGAACGACCUCAGGACGUGCAGGAAUUGCAAGACCCAGUUCGACCCUUCCCUCAACCACCCUCGUGCUUGUCGCUUUCACACCGCCCACUUCGGAGGGGAAACAAGGAGGAAGUUUGAGAGUGUGUACAGUGGAGGCACCAUGGAUACUCCAAACUCAGGCAAAGUUUUUCAAUAUUGGCACUGCUGUGGAUCCGAAGAUCCCUUUGACCCUGGGUGCACCGCUGCUCCUCAUGCCUCAUAUGAUGACUAGUACAGCUCUUUCUUUUCUUUUGUUCAAUCGAUUGUUCAAUUGAUUCUUGUUGGAUAUGUGCAUAAAGCCAAAUCCUUUUGAUGGUAAAAUUAUUUGCCUGUCUUGGUUUGGCUGUAACUCUAAUACUGAUCGAUGUCAGAACGAUUAAUUCUUUGGUUCUCUCGGGACCCCUCCCUCAAUCAUUCGUUCUUGAGGAAAUUGCGUCAUAUUUUGUUUAGUGAGAGAAUAGUCAUUCAGCUCAAGCUGCCUUCUUGAUGCACAUUCUGCGGCAAAACAGGCAUAUAUUCAUUACUGAUUCAUGUCAAUUGCCUUUUCCUUCUUUGC